AUGUCUCUAUAUGAAUGCUCCGGUUGUACCGAGUCCAUUCGUCCCGACAAGGCUCGCAUCCAAUGCCACAUAUGUACCGACUACAAUCUUUGCGCCAACUGUUUCGUCAUUCAAAACAUAAGCCAAACGCACCAGAGCAGUCAUCCCACCGCCAUCUUCAAAACGAGCGGAACCACGACCCCGGCCAUCCCGCCUCCCUUUCCCCCUCGUCCCGUCCCGCUUCUCCCUCCUCGAAAAGAUACCCUCACCACCCCGCCCAAAAAAGUCGAUCUCCCAACCGCAAACUGGGGCGCCCUGUGGGAUAUCGUAAAACCCAGUAGGAAAGCCUCAAAAGGUAGCUCCGGCUCGCAAAAAGGUUCCGCUUCCGGUGCUGGCCUGGGUGAUCUCAUCUCCAUUCAGCUGCCUGUAAAUGAGGAUGCUUUUACCGCGGGUCCUUUAUGUGAUAAUAACAAUUUGAGUUAUUCCAAUUCGCCCAUUACAAAAUUAAGACCCGAUUUACCUAUUAGACCGGUGAAAAUUGAAUUAGAAGCUUUUACCAAUCCGUAUGCAUCAAUGGCGCCACCGGUGCCUUCGGAGUGGGGUCCAUUUUUUCAGAAAGAUGGAACGGCAAAUGGGAUUUUUGUUGAUUUGAUGACGACGAUAUUUUUGUGUUUGGAUGUUGAAGAGACGAAUGAGUUGAGGCCGGAGGUUUGGAGUGCUUUUUUGGAAAUGCAGGGGGUGGAGAUGGAGAAUAAUAUUUGGCAAAAAACAUUAUACACAACAGGUGGACCACAAAAUCAAGAAAUCGCCGACUUGGAACUCGGCAUCUUUUUCAAAUGUAAUGAGAUUUCUCACACCCUCUCAGUGAGACACGCCUCGAAUCUACCCCCUCCAUCUCCAUCCCCCACAGCAGGAGAGAGAAUCCGAAGAUCCAUCAGUCUGGGGGCCAAUAUGCCCAUGUUAAGUCGACAGGGAUUUAUCGAUGUUAUGGGGAUGGAAAUGUUGAGGGAUCCGGAUGAGGGACAUAAGAGGUUGAGUGGGGUGGUGUCGGAUUAUGCGAUUUGGAAGGAGUUGGGGGCGGUGCCGAGGAGUUGUUUUUUGGAGAGGAAGGUGGAGAAGGGGGGGAGGGCGAAGAGGAAGAGUUUGUUGGAGAUGAGUGAGGAGAAGGAGGAGGUUGAGAGGAGGAUUAUGGAGGGGAUGUUGAGGGGGGUUGGGGAGGGGAAGGAGAGGGAGAGGGGGAAGGAGGGGGAGAAGAAGGAGAAGGAGAAGGAGAAAUUGGGGAAUAUGAAUACGAGUAAUAAGAACACUAAUCCGGAUCUCGGGAAGAAAGAGUUAAAUGACUCAAAAGCAAAUAUAUCUCCACCUGAAAAUUUCGCACUUCACAGCUCAGACGAAGAUGAAACUUUUACAGAGGGAUUACGAAUUCAUAUGGAAGAAGUGGAUUUAGUAGGUGAGGAGUUGGAUUUAGAUUUGGAUGUGGAUGUGGAUUUGAAUGUUGAUUUAAAUGUGGAUUUGGGUGUGAAGGAGGUUGUAGAUGCGAAAGUGAAAGGGAAAGGGAAUGGAGAUGUGAAGGUGGAUAGGUAG